AUGACUUUACUGCCCCCAAUCCUCGCUCAGUCCACCUUGGGCGAGAAGUGCGCAGUAUACAUAGACCAGGUCACCGAUACCCUCCCCGUUCAUCUACAUUCCCUCCGCCUUCAACUGGACCCCGUUCUCAUCUACCUGUCCAACACGCCACUCGGCCCUCUUGCGAAAAAGCUGCCAUUUGCCCCAGACGACCAGCCGAUCGCUCUCCUCGCAGCUGUUGUUAUUUGCAUAUUCACCAUCGUGAUGAGUUGGCGCAACCCCUUAAAAAUGCUCCGCCGCUCGCCGAGCUACGCUCCCGCAUCAUCCAACCCGCAGGUUAGCGAUGAGGAUUUCAGCUACAUCACACCUUCAGAUAUGGCGGGCUCGCCAGGAGAUGAAGCCGACCCGGAUGUUAUUUCACUCCGUCACCGCGGCACUAUCUACCCAUUGCGCUUCCGCGCAUACGCCAUUGUCGACGGUCUCUUGACUAUCGGAGACAUACGAAAGGCGGCUGCUGAGUGCACAGGAGCCGAACACCCGAACUGUGUGAGGCUGCUGUACAAGGGAAAGCUACUCAAGAACGACGCGCAGACAUGCAAAGCCGAGGGGCUCAAGCAGCACUCCGAGGUGCUAUGUGUGGUGUCUGACGCAGUAUCCCAGAGCGAUGUCUCCGAUGAUAACGGACAAAACAUCCCUGUAUCUGCAUCAGCGCCAGCACCCCCGCCGCUACCCCGCCCCACUAGUGCAGGGGGCGCCUCGUCCCCUCCCACCUCCGCGGGUGGAAAGAGCAAGAACUCGAGAAAGAAGAAACGCAAUGGCAAGAAGUCGCCCGUCGGUGCAGAAGCCCCCGGUCCCUCUCGGUCGCCACGGCCUACAUCGUCAGGCCACUCAGGUGCCCCUGCCGCGUCGCCUAACAUCAAGUUGCUGCGUACUCCGCUGGAACAGGUCAAUGCUCUGGCGGAAUGGUUCGAGCAGGAGAUGAAGCCGCUCUGCGAUGAAUACAUUGCGUAUCCGCCUAGUGACAAGAAGAAACGAAACUUUGAGAAUAAGAAACUGAGCGAGACGAUCCUCACACAAAUCCAGUUGAAGGCGGAUGGAAUCGAGCCAAAUGGUGACGAGAGGGCGCGCAGUGCACGCCGGGCCCUCAUCAAGGAUACGCAGGCGGUUCUCGCCGAGCUGGACAAACUUGUACAGCCGGGAGAUUUGUAA